UUUUGAGUUAAGAGCAGGGGCAAGGUCAUGGCGGAAGCUUAAGCCUGGUGACAGAGUUCUAGCAGAAACUAUUUCAACACCGAUAGUUUUGCAAAACACGUCCUGUUCGAGUAACAUGAUUGAUGAACAAAGAUCUGCUUUUGUUCAAGGUAUUGUGAAACGCUUACCAAUACCAGCUGACGGGAUACGGCGAUACAAAGUUGUAAUGGGAUCCGGAAAAAAAAUAAGAACAUUACAUUUAUCAAGAAAACAAAUCAAACCCUUGGGUGGAAACAUAGAAGCAGAAAAAACAGAUAACCGACCAGCACCUAUACGCCCUGACAUUCAACCAGUAAAGAUACCCACGAAGGACAAGAAUACACAGACACCAGAAUCGGAGCCAGUUUCUGGUGUUGUUCUUGCGCGCUGGCGAGACGACGGCUGGUUUUACUUUGGAAAGGUUGUGUCGAGCAAGGAAGACGAAUACUCUAUUAAAGAUGGGUUUGGAUUGAAUGAAAUGAUACACAAAUCCGACGUAUUAACAGAAACGAACCAGAAGUUCCAAGUCGUUCAGCCUGAUGACAAGGUUAUUGCUCUACAUCCAAAUUAUAUAUUCAGCUACGCUCCUGCAUCAGUUAAACGUGUUUAUAGAUUUAAAGGAGCAGAUCUAAAAUUUUAUGAUAACACAGUAGGAACUUUACCAUGGAGUAAAAUCUUCAAGAUAUCUGAUCAAAAAUACGCUGAUUACGUUCACCACAUUAAACAGAAAGAAAAGGAAAUGCUUCAAGCAAACGUUAUAGUAUUAGAUGAAAAGUGUGGCCACUUCGAAAAUGGUGAAACUAAGGUUGCCAACGCUAACACCUGCCAAGCCCUCCAGUAUUUAACUCCCUUCCCAUCCCAGAUUAGAGCAUGCGCAUAA